CAGGCACAAAUGGCGGUUUCCAUUUGGCCGGCGCCCGGCGUCAUUGCGCCCCAUCCCCCCAAAGCAGAACUUACGCAGAGUGCGUCACGCCGGACUCGGCCAAUCUCGACGCGCUACGGUGGAGCUCUUGAUGGGGCCGCCGGCUGGGACGCGUCCAUCCUCGGCAUAGCAGUGCGUGCGGCAAAAGACUUCACAAGCCCAUGUGUGUUCUGUCAUUUUCCGAUUGAAGCGGUUCUCCAUACAACGACCACUUUUUAAAAACAUUUCGCUUGAACAACCAUAUUGCCGGUGAUGUUUCGAGAGAACGAGAACAAGACGGCGUUGGCCUUCAUUUUGAACCCGUCAUCGCUUCCGUCGACGGCAUCGCUGCAUACACCCUCACUCGGCUGCAGUAGCGCCUCCGUGUCGCCCACUAUGUCGCCCCUCAGCAAGGCAGACAUGGGCAUGGUCGACUCGGACGGCAACGAUGACUCGGACGUGAACGAGGAUGGCGCUCGCAUCUCUGACCUGCAUAUCGGCGGUCGCAGCCUGCUCUCGGGCAACGUCAUCAUUGAGAAGCGUGUGGAACAGUUGCUGGCUGUCGGCAACCACCACGGCAAGAUGCGCGUGCGCAAGUCCUCAAUCUGCGCUCAAGACGAGUGCCCGCGUGCCGCGGUCUCACGGGGCCGCUGCGUGCGUCACGGAGGCGGCUCGCGCUGCACGUACCCGAACUGCACCCAUGGCGCACGUCUGUACAACCGCUGCUUCCACCACGGCGGAUGCAAGCUCUGCAAGAUCGCGGGUUGUACCAGCAAGGCCAAGCGCUACGGCUACUGCUGGUCGCACGGCGGCGGCCACAUCUGCGACGCUCCCGGCUGCUCCAAGGUGGCGGCACCCGGCGGCUUCUGCUGGGCUCACGGCGGCGGCAACCGCUGCAAGGUGGACGGCUGCAACCGACGCUCCUACCAAAAGCACAACUACUUGUGCAAGCAGCACAACGAGGCACAGGGUGGCAAAGCUCCGUAAAACGAGCAAUGCCGUCAUUCCCUGAGCAUCAACAACAUUUUUUAUGAGGGCGGUUAUUUGCCGCAUACACUUUGACUUCGUGAGUUGUAAAGAGAAUAAAUUAUUAUUUACAGUCACAUUCCUGAUGCUUUCACAGGAG